CCAACUUUCAUAUAAAUAAAGACCCUUAAAAACGAUUAAUUUCCAAAUCAACUUAAGCAGCACCAUGACGUACUUGAACGAGGUUAUAAAGAUCUUUAUUUGGUCGACUAUUCUCGCGUUGUCUUCCGGAUUUCCCGCCCUAAACAACAACUUCCUGGGAAAUUGCUCCAACGCCUCCUUCGAUACCAGAGUCUACCAGGAUCACAUCGUUAAAACUGGAUGGCCGUUAAUUGUCCGGUCCGAAACAAUUCAUUAUCGGGGAGACAACACGAUUUUUUGCAUGGAAUUGUCGAAUUUGAUGGGGAACGAGACUGGGGGUACCGCCACGGUACUCGACGGGGGAGUUGGACAUUCUUAUGUUGAUAUCGACAUUGAGUCUAUUAGGGGUUAUGGAUUGGACUGGAAUGUGACCAUUUAUGCCAAUAAGACGAUUAGCGAUAGUCCCGCCGUGUUGCUCAGCGUGAUCAAUAAUGUUGUUUAUCCUUAAUUUUUGUUGAUAAAAGGUCUAAUAAAUUCGUAAAAAUAUGAUUAAGUUAUAAAUAAAAACAUACAUUUUUAGACUAUUAAAAGUAUAGAGUAUCUGUUUUGAUCACCAAAUGGUGUAGUAUCUCACUGGCGUCUAGCCCCGGGUAUGCAACUAAUGAUCCUUCUUUUUUGACAUGCGCUUGGUGAAGUUAGUCAUAAGUUAGUUAGGUUAGAAUACUGUUCGGCAAGUUGUGUGUUGUUUUAAAGUGUCGUUUUUUCGUUAGUAUUGUAAAACUUUAUUAAUUUUGGGUGAAAUUAUACAAGUAAAUUAAAUAAAACUAAAAGUUAAAUGUAGUGAAUAAUAUAAAAUAAGAAAUACCGGAAAUACCUUUCAAGUUGGUGAAAUUUUAAAUUUUAUGUUUAUUUCUACUUUUAUUUGUCUGUAUAAAUCCACCUUUUGUUAAUUUAUUUGCUAUUAUAUGGAAGUGCAUUUAAGGCAAUAAAAAAAUGGAGGGGCAACAUACUUGUGCAGUGCAGCAAAAAAUACAGUAACAUUAGCAAUCUAAGAAAGCAUGUCAUCAAGUUUCAUCCUAAUAAUGAUGAUUAUCUAGCUUCCCUGCAAAUACGACAAAAUAAACAUUAUAAUUUUGCUUGUGACCAGUGUAAAAAACGUUUAAUGCAUUUAAGAAAUUUAAAAUUCCACAUCAGAACACAUAGAAACUCAAAUAACACUUCAGCUCCAAAUAUUACACACCCCAAUACCUCGACCACUACCAAUGCAAAUCAGUGUGCUUUGUGCAGUGACUUUUGUGCUGAUAGGAAGACCGUUAUAGAACAUUAUAGAGACUUUCAUAACAUUCCUAUUGAACAUAAAAAAUUGACGUUUCAAAGUGAGGAAGAAUUUAUUACUUGGAAACUUUCCUUUGAAAAUGACACAAACUGUAAAUAUGUGGUUAACUAUCAGAAAUGUUUUAAAUCACAUGUAGCUGCAAGUUUUAAUUGCCAUCGUUCAGGAAGAUAUGUUCCAGAAGGCAAAAAUAUUCGACACUUAAAGAUACUAGGAAGUAGGAAAAUAAAUGCACUCUGCCCAGCAAGCAUAAAAAUAAAAAAGCUUAAUAAUGGCACUUGUGAAGUGACCAUUAUGGACAAACAUGUGGGACAUCAGAAUGACAUCGGUCACUUGAAUUUGUCUAAAACAGAAAGAGAGAAUUUAGCAGUAAAAAUUUCUUCUAAAGUCCCAUUUGAAGAUAUUUUAGACGAAAUUAGAGAUUCAAUCACUGACUCAGAACUAAAACGUCUACAUCUGCUCACAAAGAAAGAUCUAUAUAACAUAGAAGCCUGUUUCAAUUUGUGCUCCUCAUCAGUUAGACAUAAAAACGACAUCAUAAGUGUAGAGUCCUGGAUCAAUGAUAUGCAAAGUAAUGGAGAUGCAGUUCUGUUUUAUAAGCCCCAAGGUUCUGAAAGUGAAGAAUGGCCAAUGUUAAAAAAUGAGGAUUUUGUUUUGAUUAUCAUGACUGCUGCACAAUGUGAAAUGCUUAAAAUUUAUGGGACCGAUUGCAUCUGUAUAGAUGGAACUCAUGGGAUGAAUAACUAUGACUUCGAACUUAUAACUCUCCUUGUUGUUGAUGAUUUUCGUCAGGGAUUUCCUUGCAGUUUUCUUGUGUCAAAUAGGUCUGAUAAACAAGUUUUAAAAAUAUUUUUUCACUUUGCAAAAUCUCGCCUUGGUACUGCACUUUGCCCAAAUGUCUUCAUGUCAGAUAUGGCAGAAGCUUUCUUCAAUGCAUGGAUUAAAAUAAUGUCUCCACCAAAAUUCAGAUUAUACUGUUCAUGGCACGUUGACCAGGCGUGGCGUAAGAAUUUAUCAAAAAUCAACACCAAAGAAAAGCAUUGAAAAAUCAUAACAUUAUUAACAUUGUUUUAAUUUUUAGGCUUUUAUUUAUAAGAAUUUAAGAGCUGUCUUAGAAGAAAGGGAUGUCACAACUUUUAAUAUUUUAAUUAACAAGUUAUAUACUAUGUUACUUGAAGACCCUGAUACAAUGGAAUUUUUCCAACUAUUUUAAUAAGUAUUACAUGUGCUGUGUAGAAUGUUGGGCAUACUGCCACCGACUUGGUGCGGGUUUAAAUACCAACAUGCACUUAGAACGUAUGCAAAAGACAUUAAAAUAUACUUAUUUAAAAGGGAAGAAAGUCAAGCGAUUGGACAAGGCAAUCAACGCAUAAUGCGAUUUGUAAGAGACAAAUGCACUGCACAGGUUAAUAGUUCUUAACAAGGGGAAGCUGUCCAGUAAGCUGCAAAUAAUUCGGUCCAGGCACAAACAAAGUUUCAAAUUGAGGGAAGAUUUAGUAGUCGAGUGUGAAAAUGGAUGGAACAGUGCCUCAGAAACAACAGCAGAAUUAUAUGUUAUCCAGAAGGUUCAACGAGAUUGUAAAUGCCAACUACUGUGCAAUGAAUGUAAAA